AUGACGAUGCACAAUCCAAGAGGUAACUUAAUGUAUGCUGCAGAUAUUUACUCACGCACACAGCAUAUGUAUGCCAAUCCACCGUAUACCAGUAAUUUCAACUCUCACAAUAGAUUGUCAUGCAUAGACCGACCGCCGUAUAGCUUCGUAGCACUUAUCGUCUUGGCUAUAAGGUCAUACGCGGAAGAGAGGGCUACAUUGAAAGAUAUCUACCGCUAUAUAGAGACAACUUUUCCGUAUUAUCGUGAGAAGAGCCCAUGCUGGAAGAAAUCAAUCCGUCAUAACCUCUCUUUGAACAAUUGCUUCAUCAAGAGUCCUCGUAGUAUACAUGACCUGACUCACGGUCAUUUCUGGAGACUAGCAGAGG